AUAUGAAGGCAAUUAGGAAUGAACAACAAAAUACUGACAUUGCUAGAAAUGUCCAAAUCCUGUACAGGACUUAAUUGUAAUUAGUGAACAUGGUUGAAAACAUUUUCCAACAAACAUGGUUCCAAUCUCAGAAUGAUAUAGAAAAAAUACUUUUCUCUUAGUGGUUAAAUUCCUUCUCAGUUGUGGCUUUUGAGAAAGAGGGUCGUUUGUGACAACCCAUAUAUCUCCAAAUGGAUUUUAAUGAGGAAACCUAAAUAUGGAAAAUAACAAAAAUACAAUGUUAAUGCCCAGUUAUCAUUAAAUUGUGGCCCUUCAAUACAAUAGUUGGAGAUUUGACAACAAUCUGGUCAACAAAAAGAAAUGAUAGGGUAUAUAUUCUAUUGAUCAUGAUUAUAGAUUUUCUUGAAUUUGGCAUGACCUAAUGCCAUGAUUUGACCUCAGUACCUCUUGCCUUCAGUUUUGCCAGAGUUCCUUAAUGCUACACUUGGCCUAAUACUGCCUCGAUGUCAAGAGCUGUAACUCUCACCUCAUAUCUCAGAUUGAGCUCUUUGGUUAUUGUUUAAACUGAGUAUGAAUUGUGGUCUGAAGCCACAAGUGAGCAAAUCAAUGGCAAUUGAAAGUUGUUUACUAGCACUGUUGAUAACACCUUUGAUCACUGCUCAUGUUUGAGAGCCAACUGGUUGGGUGAUAGGAAUCUAGAUUCAAUUUGUUGUUUUUGGCAGAGCAUGCCUGGCAAUGUUUUCACAUUGCUGGGUAUUGUAUUGUAUUGUAUUGUAUUCCUUUAUUGUCAUUCAGACUUUUCAGUCUGAAUGAAAUUUCGUUUUGCCUUGCAGUCAUAACAUAGAAUAAAAUAACAAAACACACAAUAAACACAGAUUUAACAUCCACCACAGUGAGUCUACCAUCCACCUCCUCACUGUGAUGGAAGGCAAAAGUCUUAACUCCUUGUCUCUUCCCUCCUUGUUCUUCCUCUGCUCUGAGGCGAUCCAGGCUUCCGAUGUUGGGACCCCACCGGGUGAUGGUAAGUAAGUCCCACGGCUGAAUCCGAGCUCCGCGAACGGGCCGAUUCAAACUCCGCGGCCCGGGGCGGUCGUAGCUGCCGAAGCUGCCACCUUCCAGUCCAGCGGACGAACCCGCUGUUGCGGGUGCUCCGGAGAACCGGUCACCAACCUGGGACCUGCAAGCUCCCGACGAUGUCUUCCACUGGGCCCGGGGCCAAGUCCACUGGGCCCGCGGCCGAACCUCUGAGGCUCCGAAGUCGGGUCGCCGCCGCCGCAACGCCACCACAGCCCCGAAGUCGGCCAGCCUCACGUUGAAUACUACAGCUGAGGUGGGACAUCUACAAUGUGGGAAGUUACAAUGUAUGAAACUUUUUUCAGUGAUUAAAUAUGGCUGGAAGUGAGAAGGAACCCACCAAUAAUAUAACAAGUGAAGAUACAAGUCUAAUGUCUGAAGAACCUCAAGAAUUAAUUAAGGAUAUUGAAGAAACUUUGGACGAGGAAAGAAUAUUGAAACCAGAGGAAACUCAAGCUUCAACUCAAGUUUCCUCUGACCCUGAAUAUGCUGCAGAGAGUGAAAGAAUUUCAUCUCCUGAAGAGACUGGACAGACUAUUAAUAAUAAUGUGAAUGGAAAUAAAGACACGCCAAAAGAAAUUGACAUUAUUGAUCAACAGAAUGAAAUAGUGCCUGAAGAUGUAGACUCGGAAAGUUCUGAACAGCACUUCACUCCUCCACCACCUGAUGUUGAUACACAAUCAGAUGAACAUACGGAAAACAUACAAGAUAAUGAAAGUGAAGAACAAAUUAAAGUUGAAGAUCAAUUGGAUCAGGUUAAACCAGAAAACCAAAGUCCACCACCAACCCCAAUAACAGAUCAGCCUCAGUCUUCCCCAGAAAAGAUUCCAGAAUCAGAGAGAGACACGAGGUCCCUGGAUACAGGACAGCAAACAAAGGAUGAUUUAGGAUUGGUUGGUCCUAAAACAGAUAGAGAGGAGCGGCUUGCUUCUGCUCCUCCAAGGCUGGGUACCGAUGAGAUGUGCCAAGUGGACACAAUAUUACAGGAUUUAUGGCAUUGUGCAGUGGCAGUAGGAACAGACAUUCCUCUGACAGAAUGUCAGACAGACCCCUCAGUGGUUGAUACUGCAAUUUGUGACACUGUGUUUGAAGAACACUCCUACAUUAAGCAAAAUUCUUUGAACUUAAUAUGGUCUUUUGGAAUUAAUAAAGAUUCUCCAGUAUAUGCUCUGCAUAUUGACAACAGGAGGUUAAUCCUUUAUGCUUCUUCGCAUACUGCAGUUAUGAAUAAUUUUUCAAUUACCCGUCAACAUCUAUUGCAGGGUCAUUCUAGCCUCAUUUCAUGUAUAGCUGUGUGUGGCAACAGGAGAUGGAUAGCAACAGCAGACCAAAGCUCAGAGAGUUUAGUUAUUGUAUGGGACACUUUCUCAGGUAUACCUGUACAAACACUCUUUGACUGUCACCCUGAGGGUGGAGUUGGAGCUUUAGCAAUGUCUCAUGAUGCCAAGUACCUUGCAACAAUUGGAACAGGGACAAUUCAGCGAGUAUGUAUAUGGGACUGGAGUUCAGAAAAUAAAGGAUCACUUUGUUCUGUGGACCUGAGUCCUGCCUUUGAUCCUCAGACUUUUGUAGCAUUUAAUCCUGAAGAUAACACCGAGCUACUCAGCAACAACAAAACUGAAGUUGUAUUCUAUAGUUGGAAAGCGAACCAACUGGAAUUUGCAUCGCCAAUUCUUACAGAUGAAACAUUUAACAAAGUUGUGGGAAUCUACUGUCAAUCAGUUUUCCAUCUUAUUCCGUCACAAGUACUCACUGGCACUUCUGCAGGGAAUUUGGUUAUCUGGGACACUGUUGGUACAACUCAUAGCCAAUUUGAUGCAAUGAAAUUAUACAAGAAAAAACCUUUAAAACUCGUGAAUCUACAGAAUGAUGGUAUUACAGUGGUCGAGGUAAUGGACAGGUACAUUGUGACUGGUGAUGUCAAAGGUUGCAUCAGGUUUUAUGAUGAAGAAAUUUGUUUACUUAAUUGGUACAGUAAUUUACACUUGGGACCCAUCCAUUCAAUUUCCUUCUCCAGUCAACCAGCUAGCAAAGCAAAUGCGAAAUCCUCUUACCCGUCAGAGUCUACCAUCAAAGCUCAACAAUUUGUUGUCAGAAACUUUGUUGUGUCUACAGUUGAUGCUACAGUGGCUCAUGUAACUGGAGACGGGUGCAAGCUUGAAAUGUUAAUGCAAGAGCACAGUGCAGCAUUGCAUGCCAUAGCAUGUCAUCCCUCUCUUCCUCUCAUUUGUAUGGGAAGCUAUUGCGGACUUCUGAAAGUCUGGGACUAUGAGAACAAGGAACCUGUUUGCAGCAGGCUGUUUGGAACUGGGAACUUUAUUCAAUGUGUGACCUAUAAUAAAGCAGGUUCACUGUUGGGAGUUGGACUUACUGAUGGAUGUGUUUACAUCCUUGAUGCGCUUUCUUUGAACAAUGAGCGCUCCGAACCUUUCCAGUAUGCCAAAGAUGCUAUUACUGACAUUGCCUUCUCACAUGACUCAAGAUACCUGGCAACAGUUGAUAGUAAAACCACAGUGACAGUGUUUCAUUUUCGCAAUAAUUCUUGGAUGUAUUUAGGAAGGCAAAAUGCACACUUUAAACCAAUUAAAACUCUCAUGUUCGGGAUAUAUUUGGAUGAUAACCAACCCAGACUAUUGUCUCUUGGAGAGGACAGGGUACUGGUAGAGUAUGAUCUGAAAAAUAGUACUGAGGUUGAUUUGCGGAUCUUGAGUAGUGAGAGAAUAGAACAAAGUGCGAUACCCAUGUGCAUGGCCUGGUAUCCACCGAUCACUAAAGAGAGUUUCAUUAUAACAGCCAACGACCAGUAUAAACUAAAACUCUACAACGCCACAACCAACAUGUGCAGAAAGACAGUAUUGGGUCCGAUCUAUGAAUCUCCUUUAAAAAAAAUUAAGAUCCUCCCUUUCUCAAGCACCAAUGAACCUAAAGUUGGUUAUUUAGCCUAUAUCACAGAUAACAAGGUGGGUUUACAAACCCUGCCGUUGGAUGGAAACCCCCAUAAAUCCUGUGCACUCAUCUGCCAUGGGAGUGUGGUGACUAAUAUUGCCUGCUCAUAUGAUGGUGGUUAUAUUUUUACAGCAGGAGGAGAUGAUUGUACUGUACAUAUGUGGAAAGUUGACCUGGAGGCUCAUGAAGCAGUAAUUGCACUUGGAGGCGAGGAUUUGAUACCAUUUUAUGGUUUAUUGGAAGGUGGAAGAGAUGGUGAAUUAUUUAAGGAGAUGGAGAACUAUUUCUAUUACUCACAAUUGCGCUAUCAGCAUAUCAGUACCAGGGAGACCAGGAAGGUCUCGACUCAUGUUCCCCUGCAGGAAAUUCCAUUUAUCAUGAGGGCACUGGGAUUCUAUCCCACAGAGAAAGAGGUUGAGGACAUGCUGAAUGAGGUUAAGUUCAGUAAAUAUGUGGAAACAGGAAAAUAUGUAACACAUAUUGAUGUGGGUGAUUUUAUUAAACUGUAUAUAAAUCAUCGUCCAGCUUUUGGUAUAUCUGCUUCAGACCUGGAGAAAACAUUUGAUAUUCUUGGUUAUCAAAAUGAGAAGGAAGAAAAAGCAAUCGCCUUAGAAGAGUUACUACAAUUAUUACAAACUAGAGGUGAAUGCAUGUCGGAGGAAGAAGUUGCAGAAACACUCUCCACACUGCUCGGCUUGAAUCCAGAAGGAGGAAGUUCCGAAUUUGAUGCCAAAGAUGCAUCAAAAUUGCUCGGACAGCAACUUCCGCAGGAGAUGACAAACGAAGUUUUUGUCUAUGAGGUAUUGGGGUUUCCCCGCAAUAUACCUGUAUCCCCUUGUGAUGAGGUGAUGACUAUGACUGCAGCUCCAUCAACAUAACUACAGAAUGAAAUGUGGAAAGAGAAGCUGUUACCAUUGAUUGUCAAAGUCGCUUUGUGAGAACUGUUUGUGAGAGCAUGUUCUUUUUGAUUUCGGAUUUUUAGCAUCUGCAGUUUUCUAGUGUUCACAAGGUGAAUUAUUUUUGUUUGAAAAUAUUUGUAUUCUUUAAUUUUAGCUUUCAAAUAUAAACUAUUAACUAAACCCAGAAAUUGUUUGAAUGUUUGUUGAUUUAGUACUUCAAUCUAUGCCAAUACUAGAUGUUGCAAUUUUACGUAAAUAUAAAGUUCUUGGGCCUUAACAUUUGUUGCAAGUCAAGAUUUCUGAAGUUAGAUGAUCUACAUAAAAUGUUGAGAAGAUUCAGAAUAUUAAGUGGUGAGAAGGACCCAAAUGAAAAACUGUACAAACGGUAUCAAUUUCAUUUGUAACUCUUGCAAACAUUAAAUAAAUUAGAGAAUGCCCUAGCAUUGCUUUGCUUCCAAUGCAGAUUCAGAUUCAGAAUAUUUUAUUGCCAUAUACGCAUGGUGCAAUUAAAUUCUUGGUUCGCAUCAAGUUCAUAGAUGUGUAGGGUCGAGAUGGCCUGUUUCCGUGCUGUAAUUGUCAUAUGUAAACAGUAUACAUGGUAAUGAUGAAUACAGUGAAAAAGACAACAAUGAGUGCAAAACAGCAGAAGAUGCAAAGAAUGCAGUUCAAUCUGGAGUAGUGUUAAGAAAUAUUAAAGCACAAUAACAGAACGAACAACUGAGGUGGAGGUAAGAGUACAUGGCAACACUGGGAGGGGUCGUGUGAAAGUGAUGAGCAGUUCUGGAGUCUGACAGCAGUGGGGAAGAAGUUGUUUUUAAGAUCUGGAUGUCCGGGCUUUUAAGCUCCUGUAUUUUUGCCCAGAAGGUAGAAAAGAGAAAUAAAGAAUGUUCACCAAUCUCUAAAGGUUCAGGCAGUCAAGAGCACAGGAUUGCAGUUGCCAUAUCUUCAUGUUGAGGUGCAUCCUGUAAGAAUACUUAGCAGAGGUUUAAUAGAAUCCUUGUGGACAUGCCUAUUUUCUCAGACGCCUACAAUAGCAAAUACACUGAUGUGUUUUCUUGAUCACCACAUCAAUGUGAAAGGGACCUGGUUAGGUUGCAGGUGAUAUGGAUGCUCAGGAAUUUGAAGCGUUUGACCAUCUCUACGUCAGUGUCAUCGAUGAGGACAACAUUUAGUUCACCUUCCUCCAUCCUCCCACACAGACUUCUUCAAUGCAGCCAACUCUGUUAUCUUUCCCUUUCACUACAUUCAGCUCUGGGUCACCUUGAUAAUUAGAGCAACUAUGUCAGGAUUUCUUCAUUGACUACAGCUCCGCUUUCAACACGAUAUUACCAAAUAAACUUGUCUCAAAACUUCUAGACCUAGUCUUUGGAGCCUCCAUCUGCAACUGGCUUCUGAGCUUCCUGAAUGGCAGACCUCAGUCAGUUAGAAUUUGUCAUAACAUCUCCUUUAAACUGAUCCUCUGACCCUGAACAUUGAUGAACCUCAGAGUUAUGUGCUCACGUCCCUGGUGUAUA